AUGAUCUACCGGUAUCAAUUCUCUCUCCUCCUUCAUCCUCCCCACUCUCCAUAUACCACCCAUCCAUCAAUUCCAUCAUUCCAUCAGUCACGUAUCAAGUAUUUCUCAUCAAUGCAGCCGUCGUCAUCCGUCAUCCAUGAUCAGAUCUCUUUCUUUCCCUUUCUCUCUCUUUCCCUUUCUCUCUUUCUUCCCUUCCUUCCCUACCUUCCUUUCCUUCUCUACCUUCCUUCCCUUCCAUCAUUCUCCAAUUACUUUAACCGGAUUUAA